CAACGGUCAAGAAAGGAUAAACAAAAAUGCUUCUCAGCUUCAGUUUGUUGCGGUAAUCGAACCAGAUAUCUUCAUGCCUCUGAGUGUUUGACGGAAGGAUGGUGUAUGCACUACAUAAAGGUGUAACUGUCACUGAAUAUACGCCAAUGCGUUUAGCCUUAUGCUAGUAUAAAAGAUGGGUUAAAGUUGCGAAAAUUGCGGUCAAUGUUAUCUUGUAGCUAAGAACGAAAUCAUCUCUUGGAAGAAUGGCUAGAUAUCAACCAGUAAAGCUCGCCCAUUGUGUGUUUGAAGCUAUUGGUGGAUGCGAUAAGAGAAAGCCACCUGUGAUUUUUAUGCAUUCCAUGUUGUGCUCUAAGGAAGUGUGGGACCCUAUACCUCAGCGAGUGGCAGAAUUGACUAAGAGAAAGGUCUUUACUUACGACGCCAGAAACCAUGGUGAAAGUGAGAUUACAAAGGAUUCUAGUUUCCAUAACAAUCUUCAGGACCUCUACACUUUCAUGGAUCGUAUGGAUAUCAAAGAUUCUGUUUUGGUCGGUCACAGUUUUGGAGGAUCGACUGCCAUCAGUGCUGCAUUGCAGGAACCAAAGAAAGUUGAGAAAGCUUUUAUUGUGGACAUGUAUGUGAAGAAUAUUCCUCGAGAAUUGAUUGACAGAUCCCUCACAAUAAUGAACAUUUGGACAGAGGUAAUCAGAAAUCUUCCCAAAGACAUCCUCGAAGUCGAUAUCCGUAGAACAAUGCUACAACUUCUAGUCGAAAAAUUACCUGAAGAAAUGAAACUCCAAUCUGAACACAGACCUUACCUGACGAUCAUGUACAAAAGAAAACCAGAUGGAGGACAUGAUGUGCUUUUCAACGCCGAAGCUCUUGCUGAUGCUCUCAAACAAUACCAGGACUCUCCCAUUGUCCACAGUGGACAAUAUGAUGGUCCUGCUUACUUCCUUUAUGGAUCCCCAUCACCAUUCAAUGUAAGUUCCGAGGAGGCAGACAUCAAGAAACACUUUCCAAAGGCAGAGAUGAUUGAAUUCAAAGGUUGUAAACAUCAUCUUUUUUUGGAUUUUCCUGACAAAUUCGUGGACACACUUGUUAAACGAAUAGAAUAAGGAUGCAAGUGUGACUUUACUUAGUGACAUAUUUUAAUAUAUCCAGAGCAAAGCUCUAAGUAUUUUUAAUCUAAAUAUACGAAUUACAGUUAAUAAAAUUUUCUUGUUCCCUA